CAAGUGACUACUCUGUUCCAAAACGCAAAGCUGGUUCCCAAGAAGAUCAAAAUCCUGAAAUAAUGUGCGAUAUCCAUCUUUACGCGCUUUUGUAUAAUUACAUCACUUCCUAAAAUUCCGGUGAAAUCUUUAUUUCCGGGGAGAUAUAUACUUCCAAGAAAAGUUGGUUCCUUUUUCUUGAAGUUAUCUCUUCACUUCAAUUAAUUUUAAUUGGUUCUUCUGUCUUGUCUUCUGAACAAGAGAACAGAGGAGCUCUGUCUUGUUUCCCUCUUAGUAUUUAUUUCCUAUUCUCAAACAUACAUAUCUGUGUUUGAUUAUCAACUUUGUUUUUUUGUUUCUGAAAAAGUUAUAUUCUGUUUUUACCUAAAUUGACUUUUGUGAGAAACAGAGUAUAUAUAUAAAUAGAAACAGAGCAGCUCUGUUUUUUUUGGUAGAGUUAUGGAGAGGUAUGAGAUAGUGAAGGAUAUUGGUUCUGGUAAUUUCGGAGUAGCAAAGCUUGUUCGUGACAAAUUCUCCAAAGAGCUCUUCGCUAUUAAGUUCAUCGAGAGAGGCCUAAAGAUUGAUGAACAUGUACAAAGAGAAAUCAUGAACCAUAGGUCACUCAUCCAUCCCAAUAUAAUCAGAUUCAAGGAGGUUUUGUUGACGGCAACACAUUUGGCGCUAGUAAUGGAAUACGCCGCCGGAGGAGAACUCUUCGGAAGAAUCUGCACCGCCGGAAGAUUCAGCGAAGACGAGGCAAGGUUCUUCUUUCAGCAGCUCAUAUCAGGAGUUCAUUAUUGUCACAGUCUUGAGAUAUGCCAUAGAGAUCUAAAGCUAGAGAACACAUUACUGGAUGGAAGUGAGGCGCCGCGGGUGAAGAUAUGCGACUUUGGAUAUUCGAAAUCAGGAGUUCUUCAUUCGCAGCCAAAGACAACAGUAGGAACACCUGCUUACAUUGCACCUGAAGUGCUCUCCAAGAAAGAGUACGACGGCAAAAUCGCUGAUGUUUGGUCUUGUGGAGUCACUUUGUAUGUUAUGCUUGUUGGUGCUUACCCUUUUGAAGACCCUUCCAACCCUAAAGAUUUUCGUAAAACCAUCGCUCGGAUUCUCAGAGCUCAGUAUUCUGUUCCUGAUUACGUCCGUGUUUCAGAUGAAUGCAGGCAUCUUCUCUCUCGCAUUUUCGUCGCCAACACUGAAAAGAGAAUAACAAUAGAGGAAAUAAAGAAUCAUCCUUGGUUUCUCAAGAAUUUGCCGGUGGAGAUGUCGGAAGGAUCAUUGAUGAUGAAUGGUCCAUCGACUCAGACAGUGGAAGAGAUAGUGUGGAUCAUUGAGGAAGCUCGGAAACCGAUCACUGUAGCUGGUGGACUCACAGGUGCUGGUGGUUCCGGUGGAAGCAGUGGUGGUGCCAUUGGAUGUAGCAGUAUGGAUCUUGAUGACUUGGACACAGAUUUUGAGUACGAUAUCGAUACCGCUGAUCUCCUUUCCCCUUUGUGAACUGUUUUAUCACCCAAACAAAAGCCAAAGGUUUCAUGUUUCUGAAGCUGAUACAUUGAUGAUACACACAGACGUGUGAAUAUAAUUGUUCUUUAGAGUUUUGCUUAUUGCAAACUUAUAUCAUUUGAGUGUGAAACAUUCUAUGUGAUUCUUUUUAUGUUACAACAAUGUUAUCAACUUAUUAGACAUUUUUAUA